UAGGCACGCAAACCGGAUGUCUUCUCGAUACCAACUUUGUUUAGAACAUUCCCUUCAUUCACCGGACAGAUUCAUUCACCGGUCGCGAUAUCGCAUAGCCUACUGAUAAAUAAACAAGACAACAAAUGGAGACAGUACACAAAGUACUCGGCUUGGAGUGGAUGAACGGCACGAGUCUUUUAAUAUUUCUGUGUGUUUUUCUGUUGUUGACUGAUGUUUUGAAGAACAGAGUGCCGACCAACUUUCCUCCUGGACCCUGGGCUCUUCCUUUGAUUGGUGACCUUCAUCGCAUCCAACCCUCCAGACUUCACCUGCAGUUCACAGAGUUUGCAGAGAACUAUGGAAACGUUUUCAGCCUUCGGCUGUUCGGUGGACGGAUUGUGGUGAUUAAUGGCUACAAGCUUGUAAGAGAAGCCCUGGUCCACAAAGGAGAGGACUACAUAGAUCGCCCCAUCAUACCAAUGGCAGAAGCAUUAAAUGGGAACAGAGGUCUGGUGGCAUCAAAUGGCAAUCCAUGGAAGCAGCAGAGGAGAUUUGCUCUUCAUACACUCAGAAACUUUGGUGUGGGCAAGAAGAGCCUGGAGCCAUCCAUCCAGCAGGAGUGCCAAUAUCUCACUGAAGCUUUUGCCCUUCAGCAAGGCAAGCCUUUUGAUGCCCAAUCACUGAUUACCAGUGCUGUGUCCAACAUCAUCUGCUGCCUGGUGUUUGGUGAUCGCUUUGAAUACACUGACAAGCAGUACCAGGGUAUUCUUCAGAAGUUGAAUGAAAUAAUGUACUUACAGGGAAGUUUGUGGACACAGGUUUAUAACACAUAUCCCUGGCUGAUGAAGUGGGUGCCCGGACCUCACCAGAGGAUAUUCACUCUGACACAAAACUUAGAUGACUUUGUAGAGAUCAAGAUUAAAGAACACAGAGAAAGCCUUGACCCGUCCUCACCGAGAGACUACAUCCACUGCUUCCUCGCAGAGAUGGGAGAGAAGGAGGACACAGAUUCUGGUUUUGAUUUAAAAAAUCUGGCUGUUUGCACUCUGGACCUGUUUGGUGCUGGAACUGAAACUACUACCACAACUUUACACUGGGGACUGCUAUUCAUGAUGUACUACCCUGACAUACAAGGCACCACUAUCAUGCCCACGCUGAACUCAGUUCUACAUGAUGAGUCGAUGUGGGAAACUCCACACACCUUCAACCCUCAACAUUUUCUGGACCAGGACGGCAAAUUUAGGAAGAGAGAGGCCUUCCUUCCUUUUUCAGCAGGUUAG